AUGGGCGACUAUGUUGAUCGUGGUUAUUAUUCAGUUGAAACUGUAACAUUGUUAGUCGCACUUAAAGUUCGCUAUAAAGAUCGAAUAACAAUUCUUCGUGGUAAUCAUGAAUCUCGACAGAUUACACAAGUAUACGGAUUUUAUGAUGAAUGCUUACGAAAAUAUGGCAAUGCUAAUGUAUGGAAAUAUUUUACGGAUUUAUUUGAUUAUCUUCCACUAACAGCCAUAGUUGAUAAUCAAAUCUUUUGUUUACACGGUGGACUUAGUCCAUCGAUUGAUACAUUGGAUCAUAUCCGUGCUUUGGACCGAAUUCAAGAAGUUCCACAUGAAGGACCUAUGUGUGAUUUACUAUGGUCUGAUCCAGAUGAUCGUGGUGGUUGGGGUAUUUCACCUAGAGGUGCUGGUUAUACCUUUGGGCAAGACAUUUCAGAAACUUUCAAUCAUACGAAUGGUCUUCAACUUGUGUCUCGCGCUCAUCAAUUGGUUAUGGAAGGUUACAACUGGUGUCAUGAUAAAAAUGUUGUAACAAUAUUUUCAGCACCAAAUUAUUGUUAUCGUUGCGGUAAUCAAGCUGCAAUCAUGGAGCUUGAUGAUUCACUCAAGUAUUCAUUUCUUCAAUUUGAUCCAGCACCACGACGUGGUGAACCACAUGUAACACGUAAAACGCCAGACUAUUUUCUUUGA